AUGGAUGAAGCAGUUGUUUUGAAAUAGAAAAAAUUGGCUGCGGGAAUGGUUAUUGCAGGCAAAUAUAAAUUAUUAGAGAAGAUAGGUGCAGGUUCAUUUGGAAUGGUGUUUAAGUCUUAGUAUUUAAAAAAUGGAGAUUUAGUAGCAGCAAAAUUUGAAAAACGAGAUGAUUCCCAAAAAGGAGUCAGUCUACUAAUCAGAGAAAUUAAGGUUCUGUCAGAAGUUAAUGGAUUGAAAGGUUUUCCACAAAUCAAGUUUUAUGGAAGGGAUGAAAAUUAUAAUUUCUUUAUGGAAACCUACUUAGGUUUAAAUUUGGAACAAUUACUAAGGAAAAGCGGCAAUCGAUUCUCACUUCAUACUACAUUGAGGAUAGGGAUUCAGAUCAUCGAAAGAUUGUAAGCCUUUCAUGAGAAGAAUCUCAUCCAUCGGGAUAUUAAGCCAGAAAACUUUACUAUCAGCAGACAAGAUGUUACUUAGAUUAUGGCUAUUGAUUUUGGCCUAGCCAAAUAUUACAGAGACACAGCAGGCAAACACAUCCCAUUUGUAAAUAACAAAGGUUUGAUUGGAACAGCCAGAUAUGCCAGCAUUAAUGCUUUAUUAGGUAAUGAGUAGAGUAGAAGAGACGAUAUUGAGGCCAUCGCCUAUGUGCUAAUUUAUUUUCAUCUUGGUGAAUUGCCUUGGCAGAAUAUCCAAGUGGCUUCGAAAGAAGAAAAAUACAAACAGAUUUUGGUAUUGAAACAGAAUAAUGAGUUGGAUAAAUAUUCUGACAAAAUUCCUAAAUGUCUUAUGAAAAUGCUAAAAAUUGCUAAGUCUUACGAAUUUAAUCAAACACCUGAUUAUAUGGGGUUGACUAAAUUAUUGUAGGAUGAGUUGACAACCGAUGCUAAAAUGGAUUGGGAAUCUUUAUUAGAAACUAAUAACGAUAAAAUGAGUGUUUCAAUUGACAUGAUAGAGAAUGAUAAUUAAUUUGAUGAUCUACAGGAUGAUAAACAAUAAGAAGUUCUAAAUUCCAUGCAAAAGAUUUCUUAGCAAUAAACUAAAUUUAUCAAUGGCAGAUUAAAUAAUAGUCGAAAUAAUAUCAUCUUUUUGAAAGUUCCAAAGAACAGCAUCGUUUUAAAUGAUGCUUAAAGUCCAGCAGGAACAAUUAAAUCAUUUAACACUUCUAAGGUUAAUCAUUAUGGAGGUAGUCAUAUUAACUUAAACACAUAAAAACAAUUCAGUGAUUUGAGAGUUAAGUCCUGCGAAAACUUUUAAUAUAAUGAUGAAGAUAAUUAUGAGGCUGAUUCUGACGAUUAGCCUUGCAUACUAUUUAAAAAUUUAGUUGUUGGUCGUUCUUCUUCUAAAAUGUGA